AUGCACCAGGGCAAUGGGUAUAGUUCGUGUACGCCCCUAGAGUGGCGAUAUAAUAGUGAACUAGAAAUAACUGCGGUCGAAAAACAACAAGAAUUAGCCCAAAGGUUAACACAUGAAGCAGAUCGAAUAAUGAAACAGGCUAAAGAUACAGUAUUGAAACACAAAUUAGAAAUUGAUCAUCAAACUAAGGUAAAAAUCAAUGAUGUAGAAUUCAAAUGCAAUGAAAUAGAAAAGCAAAUGCACGAUGUAGAGGAAGAAAUAGAAUUGCUUUUUGGUUACCAGACACGUAUUGAGAAAUUUAAUAAAACUUUUAGUGUUGAAGCACUUGACGCCAUAGCAGUGUGUCUAAGACAAAGGUAAGUGAAGAAAAAAUGAAAUGUAAUUAUUUACUUAGUUGGUGAUUCAACUGCUCACAGGAAGUGUCGGAUAGGCAUAGAUUUGGUAUUUGAUGAUAUUGAAAAAGAACUGUUACGAGAACGUGAAAUGAUUUUGAGUGUUAAAGAUCAGCUUGAAGAUUUAAUUGACAAAGUUGUAUUACAAAUCAGAAAACUAAGAACUUUCGCUUAUGACUUGCGUAAUGAUUUACAGUGUAAACAAAAUACAUUGAAUAUCGAACAUCAAAACAAAAAUCUCAAUGAAAACAACAUUGACAAAUCUGUUUUGAACAAUAAAAACAUAUUUGAACCGGCGUACGCUUUUUUUUCUAUUGAUAUAUGUAAAUUUUAAUAUUUGUACUCGUUUCUUGUAUUUGUUUUUUUUUUUCAGUAAAAUAUCCGUUGAAGAAUGGAACCGUUUUACUUUUGAUAUUAUAUUGGCCGCCAAUCGGGUACUUGUGCAAGCUAGACCUGUCCGCUCGUUUUUCGACAAGAUUUUCAGUAAAAUUCUAAAUGACUUGGUGACACAAUCGAACAUGGUGGACCAAGCUUUUCGAUUGCGUGUAGAGGAAUACAGAGAAAUGAUCGAAAAAUUUAAAAACCAACGGCUCGAGGUAAGUAAUAAUAUAUUUGUUACGUUAUAAUAAUCGUUUAGGUAAUUAAACGUAGGUACAAGAAUGUCAAUGCACGCAGAUGAUAUGUAUGCAAUUGGAUUUUCAGACGGUUAAAAACAUGGAAAACGUGGAGAAGACGAUCGACAAACUCCGAAUGUCUAUCGACGAUAAAAAGACGAGCAUAGCAUUAGUACACAUGCGGUUGUUGAACCGGACGCGCAGGAAUGGAGUAGACUUAUGUAGGGACGAACUGGAAGUGAAACUGAACGAAGAAAUGGUUAAUUUGGAAAACAACGUGCGGAAUUUAAAGAAAAUAAUGGCCGAGUGUGUUGUGCGCCAGCGAAAACUUAAACAGUCAAUUGUCCGAAUUGAUAUUCAGCUAGAAAUCAAAGAAAAUUCGCUACGUAUUGACAGCGAACUGUGCGCUGAGCAACGAAAACGCGUUAACUAUACAAAUAGUAUUUAA